GUAAUCUAUGCUGUCAGAGAAUUGUAGAGGGGUUGACAAUCCCCAACGGGCAAUUAUAUAAGGACUUUACUUUUUGGUUAUUUAUCCAUCAAUAAAAUUUCCAACAUUACAUACUGCAAAUCAAAUAAGUGCUCAGAAAGAGAGAGAUGGGUCUGAAAGGAAAGUUGAUAUCACAAACAGAGAUAAAAGGUUGUAAGGAUUUGUUUCAUGAAAUGUUUAGACACAAACCACACCAACUUCCAAAUGUAGUACCACAAACUAUUCAAGCUGUCGAUUUACAUGAAGGAGAUUGGGGUACCGUUGGCUCCGUUGUCAACUGGAAUUAUACUCUCGAGGGAAAAGAGAAGGUUGUAAAGGUUGUUAUUGAAGACAUAGACGAGGAGAAAAGGUUAGUGACAUUCCAGGCAUUUGAAGGUAAUUUAAUAGAGGAAUACAAGACCUUCAAAGCAACUGUUCAUAUUGAGAGUGAAGGAGAAAACAGCCUGGUCAUAUGGACUAUCGAAUACGAGAAGCAGAAUGAAGACGAUCCAGAACCCUUCUGUUAUUUGCAGUUAGCCGUUAAUCUGACCAAAGAUGUUGACGCCCACCAUAUCAAGCAGUAAUAUGCUACGUUGCUCGAACUCUUUAAAAAUGUCUAAGAAUGUUUACCAAAUUCUCCAGAAAUAAUAUAUUUAUCGAGAAUUUAACACAAAUAAGACAUUAUUUAUAGAGUUCGAAUAAUACUGAGAGGACAUUAAUUGUUUUCUCUUGUGAAUAAAGGGAGUUCCAUAUUCUCUAUGCAAGUGGUGCUUGCCCCAAGUUCAAGAAUUCAAGUGGUUGUGCUUGUUCAUGUUUGUAUUUCUCAUGAAGAUGAAACUUGCUUUGUUGUGCUUCAUGAAGUAUGUUGUACUAUUUUCAUAAUUUCUUCGAGAACGAAAUUUAUUUGUGUGAAUUAAGUGAAUCUCAUCUUCAAUCUUCA